UCCAAUCCAACUGUUCUGGAGCAUAAAGAAUCCUGCAUCUGCCACGUUUACAGCUUCUAUUCUUCAGAGCACUAGAUGUUUCUAGAAACUACUGGACCAACCGUGAAGCUUUUCUUCUCAAACCUUCUUCUGCUAUAUCGAUGAUCUCUUCCUUCCCAGAACAGAUCUCAGAAUCAAAUCUCACAGUUACCCAGCACCUAUAAAUCCCUUCCCAUCUAGCUCAAACUUCCAAUCGAAAAAUUGAACAGAAGCUGAUAUACCUUCUACGGCAUUUGUGAUCUCGUCGAUAAGGUGUUUGUCGAAAGGCCAUGGAGUCACUAACCAGGGACAUGCAGAGGGUGCUCAACUUCCCAGAUCACAUGGAGAAAACUUUGCAGCCACCGGCCCGUAGCUACGUCAAGAAUGCCAAAGCCAUUUUCCGCACACCCGCUGACAUCUUCGAGCACCCCACUUACUAUUCCUUCAUCCUCGACAUGCCCGGUCUUGAAGUCAACAACAUCAAGGUGAAGGUAGAGAAUGGGGUCUUACAUGUGGCAGGGAAGAAGAAGAAGGCUGCUUCUGUAGCGAAGGCAGCAGGGACAGGGGCCGGCAAAGAGGUGAAGCCCAUCAGGAUUGAGAGGAGGAGAGCGAGGUAUAUGAGGAAGUUUACGCUGCCUCAAGAUGCAAACCAAGAGGAUGUGAAGGCCACAUACAGAGAUGGGGUGCUCACUGUGAAUGUUGCGAAGAAGCCCAGGGAAGAGACAGUUCUGCCCAAGACUGUUUCCAUCCCUGUCUCUUAAAAAUAUGGGUUAUUUUUGAGUUUAUUGUCAUUCACAAUAGCGAGAGAGAGAGAGAGAGAGAGAGUAAGUUUGUGGGUUUGUAAGGUAAUUGGAGUUUGAUCAUUUUUCAGCAAAAAAAAUGCAAAAAAUAGAGUUUGAUCAUCAUUCCUGUUGGUGUGGUAACUUGAAUUAGGUUACAUAGGAGGAAUAAUGGUGUACAUUUGUAGGUUAUGAAUGUGAGUAGCAACACAUUUCCUAAUCAGUUAUUAUUGCACGUAACAGGCAGCUCUUUUGAUUUUGUGUCACUGAGAAAGAUAAAAUCCCUUGAAUGUUCUAA